AGAUAAUUAAUCUCUACGCUUCUCUUUCUGCAAUUACUCCUAGAGAGCAUCUCUCUCUAGAACAUCGAGUAUUGUUAACUUGAGCGUCGGAGUGUUUUUCUCGAGGAAACAUCAUCGGGAUUUUCAGGUGUAGAAGUAGCUGAGGACUUCAACAGUGUUGGACUGUGAAGCUGCCCAAACAUUUGGCGCCGUCUAUGGGAAACUGAACAACAAGUUGUGUAGCCUAACCUGCUGAAAGGCAAAAUGGUCCGUACCUUUACUGGAAGUCGCCCUCCAAGAAAUGAAAUGGACGAACAGGAGGACACUCAGCUAUCUGAGCUCGGCCUUAAUGACUUUAGACCAAUGCCGAGAAACCUUUUCGUUGGGGGAGUAGAACAAGAUCAAUUAAGUGAAAUAGAUGAUGAUGAAAGAACACCAACAGGGUCCACUAAGCCUGCUCGGACAACCAAGCUCGAAGAGAGAACCAGAGUUCUCGAAAUGGCAAUGGGUAAAAUCCUUGCCCGUCUGAUCCUAGAUGACCCCCUGAUUCCUUUGUUGAACAGGGAUGCACAGCCAGCUGUGGUUGUGGCAACUCGAAGCUCCCCCGCUCUAAGCACCCCCGCUCUAAGCAACAUAAUAGUGCCGACCAAGCCAAGGGGAAGUGGGAAGCUAAACAACAAGCCCAGCUCGUCCAAACAUAGUGAAGAAAUGAUGAGAAAGAACGCAGACCUUGAAAGACAGCUGCGGGAUGUGCAAAAAUCCAUUGACGAGCUUAAAAGUCCCAAGUCGCACCAACAGACCCUUGAUUUGGAUAGUGCUUUAUUGAAUCUAUCCAUCACAGCAAAAUCGUAUCAAGAGGGAUUCAAAAUUCCCCACCUAGAGACAUAUGAUGGCUUAGGUGACCCAGAUGAGCAUCUACACACCUAUCAAGCUAUCAUGAGAAUCCAAAAUGCCAACGUUGCCAUGAUGUGCAAAGUGUUUCCAACGACACUGAAGUCAACAGUCAGAAGAUGGUAUCACAAACUCCCCAGAUAUUCUAUAGACUCAUACUCCCAGCUCGCCAAGCUAUUCUCCAACAAAUUCGCGAGCCAAAGGGAGAUCAAACGCACCGCGACCGAGCUGAUGCAAGUUCAUCAAAAAGAAGGGGAAUCUCUAAGGGACUACAUGCAGCGAUUCAAAAAAGCCACUUUAGACAUUGAUAACGUUCCCGAUACCAUCUGCUUGUCUGCCUUGCUGCAUGGUUUGAAGUGUGGUCGGUUCCUAGACAACUUGCUAGAAAACCCACCGAAGACGUGGAACGAAGUGAAUGACAGGUCGGCUAGCUGCAUACUGUCCGAAGACUUCCAGUCGUCCAAGCGGCGAGCUGACGAUAAGUCUCAAAUCCUGGCACAAAUCCAGCACUGGGUUAGGAGACCCCCACCCCCACUGCAUGAUUCCCCAAGGGCAGACAAGAGUAAGCAUUGUGACUACCAUCGUGUAUACGGUCACAAUACAGAAGAUUGUCAACACUUAAAGGACGAGCUGGAGUUCUUGGCUCACAAUGGGAAACUAGAGGGAUAUGUCCAGAAGCUCCAUACCCAGCAACCCACUAAAGCUCACUUUGUACAAGGGUAUGAUCGACCUCAGGGGCAGAGGUACCAGGUCAACAACGCACAAGAUGCGUAUCAGGAUAACCAGUAUCCUUCUGAGCAAGGCAGGGCAUAUAAGGGACGUCAAUUGAAUAGGCGAGGCCAGGGACAGAGAACUACCACCCUGAACCAAAAAGACAGGAAAGGGGUGGGUUAUGCUGGGAUCCCCCCACCCUUAGGCACAAUCAAUAUGAUCUCAAGUGGCUCAGAACCACGCUUUAGGAUGGCUUCUAUUAACUUUCUGGUUGUUAAGAUGGAUUCGGCUUUUAACGCUAUAUUAGGAAAAGCUACCCUGUGCGAGCUGAAAGUUGUUAUUUCACAACCCCAUCUCUGUAUGAAAUUCCCAACUCCUCGGGGGGUAGGAGUGCUAAAGGGGAAUCAGAAAAUGGCUAGAGCUUGUUAUCAAGAUACAUUUAAGAAGGUUGAGCUCGUUGUAGCCCCGAGAGGCCCUUCUGGAAGUAAUAAGCCGACUCAGCCCGGUCAACAAACAAUGAGCAUAUCGGACAUUGAGCACAGACCUGAGGGUGUCGAACAGAAAGCAGAGCCAAUAGAGCCAGUAAAAACAGUUCCUCUAAACCCUGAUGUGUUGGAAAGAACAGUCAAAAUCGGCACCAAGCUCACAGAGGAAGAACGGGCAGAGCUUCUAGAGUUUUUGAGGGUUAAUCAAGACUUGUUUGCAUGGACUACGGAUGAAAUGCCGGGCAUCCCAGCAGAGUUGACAGUCCACAAACCCAGCACGGACCCCACCAAAAGGUCGGUGGUGCAAAAACGUUGCCUUUUUGGCCCUGAGAAGCAAGCCACUAUAGAUGAAGAGAUACAAAAACUACUACAGGCAGGCUUCAUUAGGAGGGUUGGAUAUUCUGAAUGGGUGUCCAACCAUGUGCUCGUCAAAAAACCGAGCGGCAAGUGAAGAAUGCGUGUAAAGAGGAUAAGAAGAGGGCUAAUACUCAUGAAGAGAAAGGGGAUAAGGAAAACACUAUCGCAGUCAAUUUUGAUG